CUUCGCGGCGUAGAAAGAAAACGUAAGUCGGGUGCCUGAUUAGAUUUGUAUUGAAUAUUAGAAAGCCUCGUUAUUGACUCUUGGCUAUGCCCCCUAAACAAGGAAAAGGCGGUAAAGGAGGGAAAGGUGCUAGUGCCUCUGGGGCUGGGGACAGUGAAAAAAAGGAGAAAACACCCAAGGGUGGCAAUGCAGUCAAGGUGCGACACAUCUUGUGUGAAAAGCAUAGCAAAAUCAUGGAAGCCAUGGAAAAAUUAAAAUCAGGGAUGCGAUUCAGUGAAGUGGCAUCACAAUACAGUGAAGACAAAGCCAGGCAAGGAGGUGAUCUUGGAUGGAUGACCAGAGGCUCGAUGGUUGGCCCCUUCCAAGAAGCAGCUUUUGCUUUACAAAUCAGCUCCAUGGAUAAACCUGUAUAUACAGAUCCUCCAGUGAAAACAAAGUUUGGGUACCAUAUCAUCAUGGUUGAAGGAAGGAAAUAGAUAUGAAAUUUUUUCUUUUUUUUUUUUUUUUGUAAAAUAAAUAAAUCUAUUUGGAUAUAUAUACAUUCUUAACUCUUUAAGGAUUACUGAAAACAGAACCUUUCAACAUUUCCUUUCAGUUGUAAAGAAAUGAGGAUUCUUGCCAAAAUAAACUCUUCAGCUUAUACAAAUGGGCUAAACUGUAAAAAGAAAACCCUAUACACUAUACUUAAGCCUUUAGCUUACUUUUUUCUCUUUGAAAGAUUACUGUUGGCAUCCAGGCAGAUGUUGCCUGAAGGAAUAAUUUUAAAUAAAGAAAAUCCAAAUCUGU